AUGGAGUCGGAAGAGCCUUGUGUUAUAGAGACCAUUGUUGAAAAUGUGCUUUGUGAAGCAGGGAGCACUACAGAUGUUGCAAAGAAGCAAGAAGAGGUGACUUCUGGCGAAAAGAAGGUUAACUAUACCGUAGUAGAGGAAUCAACAGCUGAUGCUCUUCCUCAAAUUAUGUUAGAUGAACAAAAUGCUACAGUAGUGCAGGAUGCUUUUGAAGAAAAUGUGAAUGAGAGCGUAAACAUCAUGGAAGUGGAAACUGUCACUGUCGUGGAUGUGGCGAGCUGCGCUGAAUCUAUCACUUCUGAGACUGCACAGAUUACAAUUGCUGAAGCCCUUCCUGAGCAGCAGCCGUCAACCUCUGAAGAUGAUGCAGUAAAAAAAAUUGCCAUCGAUGCUAUUCUAGCCAAACUAAGCGAUCCAGAAGCAAAGUUGAAUAGACGUGAGCGUCGCGCUUUGCAAAGGGAACUGGAAUUGGCUCAGGGGAUCCAAAGAGAUUUCACAGCUCAUAUUCCUGGAAAUGAUUCGUCAGCAUUCACGAACAAUCCUCAUGAAGCUACGUCUAGUUGUAACGCGGCUAGUGUAGGUUGUUUUGAAUUCCUCAGUAUUAUUCCCGGAAGAUUUGGUGCUUUGAAGAUCGCACAUGACUUCCACCAAAAAUGGCCCGUAAGAGAGCACACCGCAAAAAGACCUGCCACCACCUCUGAUGGCAACCAAGGAGUCGAACCGAAAAUACGAAAAACACAGGUAUGA